AUGGCGUUCUUCGGGAGCGAAGAGACCGAGGCAGACAAGCUGAGGAAGAAGCUCAAACAGAAUGAAGGUUUGGUCACCUCUGAGCGCGAUGCACAUCGACAGACGCAAGCCAAGCUGGACGAGCUCAAGCUUGACCUGAAGGAUGCGCAACAAAGGGCAGGACAAGAGGCAGACAAAGUCGUGAAACUCGAGAAAGCGCAAGAAGAUGCACGCAAGGUCGCUCAGAACGAGAAGCUCAAUCGCAUCAAUCUCGAGACAACAGUAGAACAGCUUAAUGUCAAAAUCAAAGCUCUCGAGAAGGACAGCAAGGGCUUGCAAUCCGAGCUCGACUUCAGAUCAUCGCGUCCUGAUCUCGUCCUGGCCGGCAAGGACAAGGAGAUCGCCGACCUCAAGAAGCAACUCGACGGCAAGGGAACCGCAAACGAAAGUGCGACUGACGAUGCGGCCCGCGUGCAAGAGCUACACGCCGAGAUCGCUCGACUCAAGCUCUCUUCUGCCGCUAUCACUAGUGACAACGUUGUCGCAUCGACACAAUCGAUUUUGCCGGACGAGCGGGCGAAAGAGCUUCAACAAGAUCUCAACGAAGCGCGACAGGAUAUCGUGCGAUGCCAGACAGAGCUGAAAGACUGCAAGGACAAGCUCGCCACGACUGCUGCGACCCUGAUGAAGAAAGAGAACGAGAUCAUGGCCCUGUCGAGUACGAGCAGCGAAGCGAUCAAGGCCGCCAAAAGUGAUACUGAAGAUGCACAAGACGAGCUGCGGCAGAUGCGAGAAAGCUUGGAGGAUCAGCGGAGAGGCCUCGAAGCUCAGUCAAGGAAGGAUACAGAUGAUGCUCGCGCGGCGGCUCAGGCAGAGGUCGAACGGGCACAAGGAGAGACUCAGGCGACGACUGCUCAGCUCAAGGAGUCGCGAGCUGCGCUCGACAAGAUCACAGCUGAACUCGCUGCAGUCGAUACAGAUCGGACGAACAGUAUCGCAAUACUCGAAGUUGCCCUCGCGGAUGCCCGUCAACAAAAUGCAGCGCAGAAAGCCGAGCUAGAUCAGAAGCUCCUCGAGAUUGAGCUUGCCAAUUCAACAGCGUCCGCUGCGCUCGAGUCGGAUCUGGCGACGGCUCGGCAUGAGUGCGAGGCAGCACAAGCUGAUCUAGCUGCAACAAAAUCCGAGAUUGCCGACUUGCAGCUGACGAGCGCCAGUGACAAGUCAACGCUAGAAUGUGCUCUGGCUUCUGCUCGUUCAGAUAUAAACGUGAAGCAGGCCCAGAUCACCAAGCAACAAUCAGAUCUUGCUGCGCUUAACGAGUCUCGUUCGAAUACGCUGGUAGCGAUAAAGAAGACGGCUACUACACUCGCAGAGCAACAACAGACGAUCGCAACCGUCACUGAAGAGCUGGAAGAGACCCGAGCUGCGGUCGCUACACUCACUGACAAUCUUGCGACUGCGGCGCAGAGCGCCAGACACCUUCAGGACAUCAAGAGCGAGCUAAACGCCCUCCAGAUCGAGCAUGAUACAACGAAGACGACGUGUCAACAGCGCGAAGAUAGUUUCAUAGAACUCGAGGCCAAAUUGACUUCUCGUGAGACAGCUCUUAAAGAUGUCAAAGCCGCGUUCGACGAGCUCAGAGGCACGGAGACAAUCCUGCGCGAUCAGCUUGCCGAUGCUCACGCCAACUCAAAUGCCCAAAGCGAGCAGCUCGAGAGGCUCGUUGACGAAUUGGCCUCUGCUCGGGCUGCAAUCACGCAGUACGAAUCUCGCAUGAAAACGACGAUUGCGGAGCAUGCCUCCUCGGGGGCAACAUUCGAGACGAAAUUACUGCAAGCCGAGCACGAGCGGGAAGCGUCGCAGAUUCUUAUGCAUCGUCUGCGCGAAGAGCGAGACAGAGCUACUGCAUCGUAUCAUUUCCUUCAAAGAGAGCAUGAGAAGGAGAGCGAAGCCAAAGUGGCGAUGCAAAACCAAGUAGCAAAGCAGCGCGAGACUAUGCAAGCAUCCGUCACAGUGCUCGAGGACAGAAUCCUUGCGGCCUCGCAGAAGAUUGUCGACCUGACCGCACAGCUAGCAGCAGCUGAAUCGGCCCGCAAAGUCGCAUCGAAUGAGCUCGCUUCCGUGCGGGAAGAUUUGGCGGAACGCCUGACCAUCAUCUGUGAACUCGAGACAAAGUCUCUACGCGACGAUCAAGCCCUUCAUACGUUCCACGACACAAGAGCGGCGCAAGAACAAGACCUGAUCGCCCUGCGUCAGACGGAGGCCCAACACAGAGAAGAGAUAGCAAUCUUGUCGGGACGCAUCAACCGUCGGGAAGAUCAGAUUGACAGGCAUCAAGUCGAAAUUCGCGCACUGCAAGGCCAGCUCAAGCAAACUGAAUUCAACAUGUCAAACUUGCAUCAGGAUCUUCAGGACGAGCGUGAAGCCUGGCGACUCGAGCGUGCAAACCUUCUGGCCCAAUCGACGCAUGAACAACCGCGACGCUCCUCGCAGGAUGCUUCCCAGCUUGCCGACUUGCAAGCCAGUCUGGCGACCGCACAGGACGAGCAAGCGAACUCUCGCGCUGAGCUGUCGACGGCUACUGCUCAACUAGCUACUACACGGAAGCAGCUGCAACGAGUGACUGAAGAGCUCGAAGCUGCCAAGGUAGAAAUGACGAAAGCUCGCGAGUUCGAGCGCGCUCUGCAGACGCGUGAAGAGGAAGCGGUAGCAAUGCAAGAAGAACUCAAGCAAGCGAGCGCCUCGGACGAGACGAUCCGCUUCAAAACAGAUGCAGCAUUACGAGAACGUGAUCAGCUUAUCGACGCACUCAGAGCCGAGAUCAGCACGCUGACCGAAGCUGGUGCGACGCAAGCUGGCCUGCUGGAGCGACUGACAAAGGCAGAAGAUGCACUGGCUUCAUCGCGAAACGAGCGUGCAGCUUUGGUUCAGGAGAUGGAAGAGCUUUCGUCAAGCCUGUUGAACGAACGCUCCGAGCUUACGAAGCUGCGGGCCGAUGCCACAAGACUAAACAAUCUGAACAAGCAGGCGAGAACUCGCAUAGCGGACAUGCAGCAGAACCUGGAACAAGAGCGAGCCGAAGUUAGAGAAGCCUUCGAGAAGUCGCAAGAGAUGGCGAGUCAGGCGAACGAACAGUUAGAGCUGCUCAAGCACCAGGUCGAAUGUCUCGAGAUCGAAAAGGGUAACGCCGAGCAUCUCGUCAAAGUGAGAGAUGAAGAGCUCCAAGUGACGGAGGACGAGCUGCUUGACAAGGGCAAACUGGUCGGCAAACUGAACAAUAAAAUCGAGAAGCUGAAAGUGCGCGUCGAGACCAUGCAACGCGCCGCCAGACUGGCAGCUCAGGCAGCUCGACCUACUCAGCCUGAUCCCGUUGCGCGGCUACCUAGUCCGUUGCCACCGGCCGUCGCGCAGAAGCGGUCCCGCAGUGACGAGACAGAGAACGAAGCCCCGGCAGCCCCGCGAGCGAUGGUUGCUGUCAUCAGUCCAAUCAAGGCCAGAGUGCGCACGCAGUCGGCCACUUCGCCGAACGGAGCCAGCAGACCUCUUUCUUCGCUAGACUCGAAUUUGCCCAAAGCAGCGGACAAGACGAGGGCAACACCGGCGGAAAUGAUGCAACGUAUUGCACAAAUGCGUUCGUGA